AUGACUCGAUCCUACUUGCCAACAAUAUUUGCGCAACAAAUGUUGGGAACUAAUGCCAAUGUUAACAAGGCAUUAGAGAUUUAUACCUCUAGAUACUUUUCCACUUUGGAAAAUACCUCCAAGAUCUUCAUCCCUUUGAAUGAUUUUGGUCAUUGGUUUCUAUGCGUCAUCAAUCUUCCACAAGAGGAAGUUUAUAUUCUAGACAGUCUUCCCACUAAAAGAAGAAAAAAGGAACGAGUUGACAUGGUAACUUCAAUUAUAAAUGCAUUAUGUCUUACCAAUUUAGCAAAGUACAAUGUGCAACGUUUCCCCAUUUCUAGACCAAAUUGGGUACCAACACAAGAUAAUGGUUGGGACUGUGGUUUAUAUGUUAUAAGAUUUAUGCAAAUGUUGGAUACCACUCCACCAGUAUCUAAGUCCAGUCUUGUAGUGGAUAAUUCAGACGAAUUUAGAAGGAAGUUAGUCAUAGAUCUGGUUUUGGAUGACAACAACAAAUCUGAGGUUUCCUUGGUACCAGUGGCCGAAGACAAGCUGCGAGAAACCCGAAGACAAGGAUGA